UCAUGUCAUCAUUACAAAGCCAUGUUUUAUUUGUGUAUUUUAGUUCAUUCACUUCUUCAUUUUGUGACGGCCCCAUACACCGUAACAUUCCCUCGGUUUAAACACGAAUUUUCUUUAAAAAGAAAUUGUGUUUGGACAAUCCUGACACGAAAUUAGGUCCCCUCGGAACAAUAGUCAGGUCUUCCAGAAGGACGCAACAAGGACUCCGCGCAUGAGCCUAGGCCCUCGUGUGUUAUAUUAAAUUCAAAGGACGUGAUCCUGCGACGGGAGAACAGGCUCCUAGCCCUGUUAUGCGGCCGCAAUAUUGAAGGCUAAAAAUCAAAUUAUGUCCGCCGGAGCAACAGCAGGAGGCCCGGCGUAUGAAAGCCAAUGGAAUUUCCUUCCACCCAGACCCACGCAGGUUUGUCCUCCCCUCGCAUAAGCCUCCCCUUCCGCAGAGUAGACGCCCACCUUGGCUCACCGUUGGGGCAAUGAUAGGCAGUUCCUUGGCAUGGGACGUUGUGCAAGGAAUCGAGAGCAGAUGAGUCCCCGACACCGCGAGAGAAACGGUCCACGUGUGCGGAGCGUAAUCAGCGCGGGGGAUCGAUUUCCGGUGCAGCAUCCAGGAGGCGUGAGAGGAGAGGCAGAUGGCGGUCCGGCCGAGUGAGAGGAGAGGGGAAGAUGUCACAUGAGGCGGGAUAACCAGACGGAAAUGGACGAGCAAGGAAAGAAAUGGAGGUGCGCUUAAUCAGGGAAGGAUAAAAAGUGUCUGGAUUCAAUGGAGCGGAUGAUGUGGAUAGGAGAAAGAGCCGAUUGUUUUUAUUGUCUAUCGAUGAAGACCGGAUCUGAAGGAAUAGGGUGCUGACGAUGUAAAGAAUUCUUUGUGAAAGCGGAUGAUGACUACUUGAUAAAGUGUUCCUCGGUAACUCAUUCGGGCUGUGCUGUUGUGAAAAUGUUUUCUUCGUGUGGGAUGUACUUAAAACCUGAUGAUAAAAACAACAUGUAAUAAACAUAAAAAGUAAAUAGAUUUGAUGAAACUAAAAAUAAAUCUCUUAGAUAUAAACUCAUUUCUAACUCUUUUAAUGCAAACUUAGAUAUAAUACUGUUUUUUGUUGCAACCAUGCUCAUAAAAAUUAAAAACAACAUUGGUUCCUGAAUAACCCAGGAUAUAUAGAUAAAUCCCUAAUAAUUCAAUGGCCGUUCACUCUUCCAUUCAAUCGUAUUAAUUUGCGGCCCAAGCCCCGCCCGCCGCCCGAGCCAACCUUCACGAUGGGGAUGGACAACUCCGACCUGCACCAAAUCCCCGACAAGUUCCUCGGACAGAUCAUCCACAACCUCCAGUCCUUCCCCAACGAGACGGUCAACUUCGCCGAGCCCCAGCUGAGGAAGUCCUUGGCCAACAUCUACCCGCUGUUCCUCGUGCUCUACAGCCUCCUGGUGGUGUUCGGCACGGUCGGGAACGUGGCCAUGAUCGCCUACAUCCUCAGAAGGCGGCUGUACAGAGACGCAACCUGCGCGUUUAUUAUGAACAUUGGGGUGUGCAAUGUGAUUAUGAGCGUCCUUCUCCUGCCGCUCUCCCUCGCUAUUCUCCUCAUCCAGAACUGGAUCUUCGGAAGCUUCCUGUGUUAUUUCGUCCCCAUGUUGCAGGACGUGCCCAUCCACGCGUCCAUGGCGACUAUGGUCUUCAUCGCCGUCGACAGGUACCGCAUGAUCGUGUACCCCCUGAAGCCCCGAGUGCCGCCCUUCAUCGCCGUGCUGGCCGUGUGGGUGAUGUCGCUGUGCGUGGUGCUGCCCUACGCCGUCUACAUGAACUACAUCGACCUCCAGGUUCUGUUCGGGCGUCAGUUCAAGGGAGUCGGCAUCUGCACCGUUAACCUUGGCGACGACAUAGCGGAAUACACCCGUGGUCUCUUCGUUGUGCUGUACGCCUUCCCGCUGGCUCUCAUCCUCUUCCUCCACGUGCGGGUGAGUGGCGAGAUGAGGAGCCGAGAAGUCCCCGUCAACAUGGUGGCGCUGGACAGCCGCUCGCGUGAAUCCCAGCAGGACAUUUGGAGUGUCCAGGACACGCGACCGCCCUCCAGCAUUUACCUGAACGACGUGGACGGGCGCGAUGGGUUCCUGAGCCACGAGGCCCAUCAACUCCCCUCCUUCAUGUCGCCGACGCCUACGCUCAUGGGCGGAGGUGGGUCCCAGACGCCCACGAUGCUGCACCCGAUGGAGGAGGCCGAGCUGGACCUCGCCAGGGAGAAGAGGAACCAACGAUACAUCGCGACCAUCGUCACCGCCUUCGCGCUCUGCCUCUGCCCGCUCAUGAUCCUCAGACUCGUGAAGAACAUGGUGAUGGAGACAUACGAUAACUCCGGCCACUUCGACAUCACCUUCAUCACCUUCGUGUGGAUCGCCUUCCUGCCCACAGUCACCACACCCGCCCUCUUCGGCGCCUGGAAGAUCAGCAGGACCACGAAGGAGAGGCUUCAGGGAUACCUCAACCUCGGGUCCCGCGGCCGCCGCUCUAACCACGCUCAAAAUUUCACGCCUAUAUUCUAUUCCUGCCACGCCCGAGCUGCUCACCGCCUUUCCCUCGACCACGCCCUUGUGCCAACGUCUCCGCACACCCACUCAGCAGCCCACUCUAACAUGCAGGGGGUCCACACGCCCGUGUUUUCUCGCUCAGAGCAUCACCCGCGCCCACACUCGCUCCCGCUCCAUACCUGAGGCCAACCGAGCU